GGCGGGGGUGCAGUGUCUUCGUGCGGGUUAUCCUGCUUGCGGGAGAUGCCGCAGAUUUAGAGAGAGCGUGCGAAAUUCAUAAGGGCAAGUGUUGCCUGCGGAUAAGCUAAAAGGAAACAAGGAGCAUGAUGCGGGCAUGACAAGGAGUUUCAUCUGCAGAAGUAGAUUCACUGGCAAUGUUUCGGCGUGCUGUGCUCCUGAGUAAACAGCCUCUGGAGGUAGCGGGAGAUACAGAGCUCCGUCUAUGUGGAGGGAGUACAGAAUGGAUAGUUGAGGUCUAAGGAGAAAAGUGAAGCAGAAAGCAGCUUUUUAGUGCGAUAGCUUAAAGGUGCAGAGCAGGGGAAGAAGCUUCUGUACCUCAAUGAAUGGCAGAAAAGAUGUGAAAACCCAAUGUCUGAUGGAUUUCUAUUUUCCCUUGAUGGUUUAGGAGUGGGGUUUGCUACUCGGCAGGUGGGGAAUGUGACUAAACCCACUGUGAUUAUCAGCAGCGAGGGGGACAAAGUAGUGAUCAGGACGCAGAGCACUUUCAAAAACACAGAAAUCAGCUUUAAACUUGGAGAGGAAUUUGAUGAAACUACUCCAGAUGAUAGAAACUGCAAAUCAGUUGUGACCCUGGAUGGAGACAAACUAGUGCAUGUACAGAAAUGGGAUGGCAAAGAGACAAACUUUGUUAGAGAAAUAAAGGAUGGCAAAAUGGUAAUGACUCUCACCUUUGGUGAUGUGGUUGCUGUUCGCCACUAUGAGAAAGCGUAGACUUUACCUGACCUCUGUCCACAUGUUACUUCUGCUGGAUGGAUUAACGUACUGUCCAUAACUGAACGUAGCUAAAAAGCACAUUCCUGGCAUGAAAGGUUAAUAAAAGGGUUUGAGGGGGUUGUUUUUUUAGAAAGAACUUUUAUACUAUCAAAUUGGCAAGCUUGUUUUGUAAAGUGCAACAGGUUAAACUUUGCAUUAAAUCUCUGAAACAAUC